AUGAAAAUCUUCGCCUUCGCAGCAGCCUUCGCCCUCGGCGAUGUGCUCUCCGCGGUCGCAGACUCAGUGGACCCCAACGUACCUGUGCACAUCUUCGACGACUUCGCUGACGGCUUGGUCGUCGGUGCGGGAUACGCGCCGGCCCCCGGAUCGAGCCUCGUCAUGACGUACCCCGAAGACGGUUUCUCCACGUUUGUCCUCACCGCGGGCACGGAUGAGAUCGGUCAAAUCCAGCUGUUUGGCAGCCUCCCCCGUGACGCUCCGCUGUGCAUGACCGCGACCAACGCGACCGGCACCGCGAGCUCUCAUCCUGUCACGCUGGAGGAGUGCGACGAGGACGACGAGCUGCAGCAUUGGUUCGUUGGGAGCGCCUCGAACGGCACCCUCAUCCGGCCCUUCGACAACGUUAUAGACUGCCUCGCCAUCCCGACCACCAGCCCCGCUGUGGGCGAUCAGGUGGGGCUCCAGCCUGAGCCGUGUCAGGACCAGCUCAUUCCGCGGCAGCUCUGGCACGCGAUCGCAGCGUAG